AGAAAUGGGCUGAAGUUUUGUAAACAGAUCCUUUCUAAUCCAAAGUUUGCAGAACAUGGAGAAACUCUGGCGAUGAAAGGACUAACGCUGAACUGUCUAGGGAAGAAAGAGGAAGCAUAUGAACUAGUGCGUAGAGGCUUACGGAAUGAUUUAAAGAGUCAUGUCUGCUGGCAUGUCUAUGGUCUUCUCCAGAGGUCAGACAAGAAGUACGAUGAAGCUAUCAAAUGUUACAGAAAUGCACUGAAAUGGGAUAAAGACAAUCUUCAAAUCUUGAGAGAUCUCUCUCUGCUACAGAUUCAAAUGAGGGAUCUCGAGGGUUACAGGGAAACCAGGUACCAGUUACUUCAGCUCCGACCUGCACAGCGAGCCUCAUGGAUUGGUUAUGCUAUUGCUUAUCAUCUGCUGGAAGAUUAUGAAAUGGCAGCAAAGAUUUUAGAGGAAUUUAGGAAGACUCAACAGACGUCUCCUGAUAAAGUGGACUAUGAGUACAGUGAGCUGUUGUUGUAUCAGAAUCAAGUCCUCCGAGAAGCAGGACUCUACAAAGAAGCCUUGGAACAUCUUGGUACCUAUGAAAAGCAGAUCUGUGAUAAACUGGCUGUUGAAGAAACUAAAGGAGAACUUCUGUUACAACUCUGCAGGCUGGAAGAAGCAGCUGAGGUGUAUAGAGGAUUGCAAGAAAGGAAUCCUGAAAACUGGGCUUACUACAAAGGCUUAGAAAAGGCACUUAAACCAGCCAAUAUGCUUGAGAGGCUGAAAAUCUAUGAAGAGGCCUGGACUAAGUACCCAAGGGGACUGGUUCCAAGAAGACUGCCGCUAAACUUUUUAUCUGGUGAAAAGUUUAAGGAAUGUUUGGACAAGUUUCUAAGGAUGAAUUUCAGCAAAGGCUGUCCACCUGUUUUUAAUACUUUGAGAUCAUUGUACAAAGAUAAAGAAAAGGUCAUAAUUAUAGAAGAUUUGGUGGUAGGUUAUGAAACUUCUCUAAAAAGCUGCAGGUUAUUUAAUCCCAAUGAUGAUGGUAAAGAAGAACCUCCAACCACUUUACUGUGGGUCCAGUACUACUUAGCACAACAUUAUGACAAAAUUGGGCAGCCACCCAUGGCUCUGGAAUACAUAAAUGCAGCUAUAGAAAGUACUCCCACCUUGAUAGAACUCUUCCUUGUAAAGGCUAAAAUCUAUAAGCAUGCUGGAAACAUUAAAGAAGCUGCGAGGUGGAUGGAUGAAGCCCAGGCCUUGGACACAGCGGACAGAUUUAUCAACUCCAAAUGUGCAAAAUAUAUGUUGAAAGCCAACUUGAUUAAAGAGGCAGAAGAAAUGUGUUCUAAGUUUACAAGGGAAGGAACCUCAGCAGUAGAGAACUUGAAUGAAAUGCAGUGCAUGUGGUUCCAGACAGAAUGUGCCCAAGCUUACAAGGCAAUGAAUAAAUUUGGAGAAGCACUUAAGAAAUGCCAUGAAAUUGAGAGACAUUUUGUAGAAAUUACAGAUGACCAGUUUGACUUCCACACUUACUGUAUGAGAAAGAUUACACUUAGGUCUUAUGUGGACUUGUUAAAACUAGAAGACGUACUUCGACAACAUCCAUUUUACUUCAAGGCAGCACGAAUUGCCAUAGAGAUAUAUUUGAAGCUUCAUGAUAAUCCUCUAACAGAUGAGAAUAAAGAACACGAGGCUGAUACAGCAAAUAUGUCUGACAAGGAGCUAAAGAAGCUUCGCAAUAAGCAGAGAAGAGCACAGAAAAAAGCACAACUGGAGGAAGAGAAGAAGAAUGCAGAAAAAGAGAAGCAGCAGAGAAAUCAGAAGAAGAAAAAGGAUGAUGAUGAUGAGGAAAUUGGCGGUCCGAAAGAAGAACUUAUCCCUGAGAAACUAGCAAAGGCUGAAGCACCUUUGGAAGAAGCCAUUAAAUUUUUAACACCGUUGAAGAAUUUGGUGAAGAACAAAAUAGAGACCCAUCUUUUUGCUUUUGAGAUUUACUUCAGGAAAGAGAAAUUUCUUCUGAUGCUGCAGUCUGUGAAAAGAGCAUUUGCUAUUGACUCCAGUCAUCCUUGGCUUCAUGAGUGUAUGAUUCACCUCUUUGGCACCUCUGUAUCUGAAAGUAAAGAUCUACCCGAUACAGUUAGAACAGUGUUAAAUCAAGAAAUGAAUCGGCUUUUUGGGGCAACUAAUCCAAAGAACUUCAAUGAAGCUUUCCUUAAAAAGAACUAUGACUCACUACCACAUAGGUUAUCAGCUGCCAAAAUGGUGUACUAUUUGGAUCCUUCCAGUCAGAAAAGAGCAGUGGAGCUGGCAACAUCCCUCGAUGAAUCCCUUACCAACAGGAAUCUUCAGACUUGUAUGGAGGUAUUAGAAGCUUUGAAUGAUGGUAGCCUGGGAGACUGUAAAGAAGCAGCUGAAACUUACAGAGCGAAUUGUCAUAAGCUUUUCCCUUAUGCUUUGGCUUUCAUGCCCCCUGGAUAUGAAGAGGAUAUGAAGAUCACAGUUAAUGGAGAUAGUUCUGCAGAAACUGAAGAACUGGCCAAUGAAAUAUGA